AUGAGUAGUAAUCUAUCAGCACAAUGGGAAAAAUUAUUACGACCUGGAAUAUCAACUUUAUUCUAUCGAGAAUAUCCAUUGAUGGAAUUACGUGAUGAUGCUUGUCAACGUAUUCAAGAAUUUCUAUAUAAAAUUCUUCGUUUUCUUCUUCGACAAUUUCCACAUCGAGUCGAACUUGAACAAUGGUUGUAUAUCAAUUAUCCGGAAGCACAAUAUGCAUUGAAUCGCAGUAGUCGAAAACGAAUUUUCUCCAUUGAUCAACUUCAAACAUUAAUUCACAAAGAAUUUGGAAUACAGAAUGAAAUGGAUAUUAGUUAUGUAGCAACAACACUUGAGCAUUGCACAAAAGAUUUACUUAAACUUGCUCAUGAUUAUGUUAAUCGUUUGGGAAAAAAUGAAAUUGUAGCUAACGAUAUUGAUUUAGUAAUGAAUGCUGAUACGAUUUUCCUUGACAUUCUUCGCUCUGAUUUAAAUUCAACUGCAAACGGUUCAUCAUCAAUUUAUAAUAUAGAUACGUCCAUAGCAGCAAUGUCCUAUAAUGAAUUAAUACGACAUUUUAUUAUCACCGAAACGCAAUACAAAGAUGAUUUAGAAUUAUUAAUUAAAUUUUUUCGUAAUCCUCUUCGACAAUUUUUUGAUGUCGAUCUACAGACUAUCGAAAAUAUUUUCGGUUGUUUGGACGAUAUCUACGAAUUAACAACGAGAUUUUUAUCAGAUCUCGAAGAUGCAAAAGAAAUGAGAGAUGAUAUUACCAAGAGUAUUUCAUUAUAUGAACCAUUUCAAAAUUUUAUUGAAGGAAAUGAAUUUGAAUGUUAUACGACCUAUACGCAAACAAUCCUAGCAACAGAUUAUACAGAUCAAUAUAAAAAAAUGUUAAAUAAUGAACAAGUAAAACAAUAUUUAGAAUCAAAAACUGAUCAAAUCCAAGAAACAUAUCGCUAUCUGUUACCGGGAUUAUUGCAUAUACCUAUUCAUCAUUUUCAACAAUAUCUCGUCUAUUUAGAAAAAUUGGCUUUGUUUCCAGAACCUGAAUCAGCUCAAUUAACUGAUGUACUCAGUGUAUUAAGGAAAAAUAGCCAUCAUAUUAAACGACCUAAAUUAUACAUGAAUCUAAGUAUUCAUUCAUUUACAAUGCCAAAAUUAACUGAUAAUAAAAUCAAUAAUUGGAAAAAUUUAAUUGAAAAUUGGGAUAUUAAAGAGUCAACAGCACUUAUAGAUAGUCAUCUUAAACAUGUUGUCAUACAAAAUCCUUCAUCAAAUCUUAUAACUUGCGCUGAUCGACGUGCUAUUCUAUUUUCAACUGUUUUAUGUCUCUGUAAAGCUCUGUCACAUGAAAAAUGGAAAUUUAAGGAAAAAAUUUGGCUAAGAAAAUUUAAUAUUAACGAUCAAAUUAUUAUUCCUGAUCAUGAACAUAUAUUUGAAAUACAAUGCGAUGAAAAGAGUUAUAUUUUAGCUGCUCGAUCUGAACAAGAUAAAAUUCAAUGGUUAAGUUUACUUAUGUACAUACGAAAUAAAAGUAUUCUCCAACGUGAAUUAUACAAUAUUCUCGUCAGUGAAGAUGCACAACAAGUUUUAUUAACACCUGAUCCCAGUCGAUACCAAUUUUGUGCACCAAAUUCCCCGACAAACAUUCUCAUUGAUUAUCCUACGAACGAUAAAUCAUCAUCAUCAUCGUUUAUAAUUCGUGGUGCAACUAUCGAAAAAUUAAUUGAACAUUUAACACAUCAUCAAUUACUUCAUCCACGCUUUGUCAAAUCGUUUCUCAUGACCUAUAAAUCCUAUUGUACACCAUUACAAUUAUUAAAUUUACUUAUCGAUCGAUAUAAUAUUCCCGAGCCAACACCGGCAUAUCCAUAUACGGAGUAUCAAUUAAAAAAAUUUCGUAAAGAAUAUGUUCAACCCGUUAAACUAAGGGUACUUAAUGUCAUUCGGCAAUGGGUUGAUAAAUAUCUAAGUGAUCUGAUUGAAUCCAAUGAUCACGUACUUGAUCAAUUACAAACAUUUUUACAAUCCAUACCCGAUACAGGCGGAUUGUAUCAAUUUAAAACAAGUAUUUUGAAAUUAAUUGAUAAACAGACAAUGGAGUAUCAAGACCCAUCGAAGAAAAAUCAGCAACGAGAUUUAAUUAGUGAUGAACGGGAUCAAAUGGAAGAUCUCGAUGUUUUUCUUUACGAUAUGAAAGAGUUAUCUGACCAAAUAACUUUAAUCUGUUCAACUUAUUUUCGUGCAAUAACAUCCCAAGAAUUACUUUAUCGUUUACCAAAUCUAUAUAAUUUACAAAAUUAUAUGAAAUUUCUUGAUAAAGUGCUUGGGUUUUGGUGUAAACGAUCCAUAUUAGAAACAUCGAAUUUCGAAGAACGUAUUGCUGUCGCUGAACGUUUUAUUCAAAUUGCUAUUCGAGCAUAUGAAAAGAAAAAUUUCGCUGGUGUUUUUGCUAUUAUCUUCGGUGGAAUUAUUGAUUUAGAAAAAUCCUUACCACAUACGUGGGAUCGUCUCAGUAAACAAAGUCGAACGUUCGUUACAUUAGUUGAUGAUAUGCUUGGCGAAGAUUCACAUUUUAAACUAUAUUUUGAAAAAUUACGUCGAAGUCCUUUACCUGUAGUGCCAUUUAUUGCUAAUAAUCAAACACGUAUUGCACAAAUGAAAGAAAAACAUAAUGUGAUUGUUUUACCAACUGGUGAAACAUUAAUUAAUUUUCGAAAAUUUCAACAAAUCGGUGAACAUCUAUGUGAAAUUCAACAGUAUCAAAAUAUGCCCUAUGACAUCGCUCCUAAUUAUGAUAUACAACGAGAAUUGAAAAGACUUAAUCCAAUGAAAGGUUUUCAAGAUGAAAAUACUUUUCAAAAUUAUCUUGUUACACGUAAAGAAUAUAUUGAACCAGCCGAUUCGUCUCCACGAGUAUUUGCAAUACGACGGCCGACACAUACAUGGCGUUCUCAGUCACGCGUUUCUCGUCUGUUUAUGAUUCCAUCGACUUCAUUCAAUUCACAUUCGCGAACAACAAGUCAAUCUGAUGAACAUCAUCAGCAAAAAUCAAAUACUGAUUUAAUACCUCGUCGACAAAUAAGUUCAGAUAGUAAUCUAUUACCAUCAAGUAAUAGUUUUGCUUUUGAUAAUUCUCUUUGUGGAUCCAAUGAUGAUUUUCAUUCGGCAAUUAACACACAAGAACCCAAACCUCCAUCUAUACCACCUCGAGCACCACGUACUUGA